AUGGUGCGAACUUCCACCGAACCCGCAGCAUCCAACACACCAUCCGAAUGUGUACAGUCUCACGAGCAAGUACCACAACCUGUACCUGAACGUGGCGAAGCCUCAUCGGACCGCACUGAAGACGCUCGCCCACAAUACCUCACAGGGUGGAAGCUAUGGACCUUGCUUGCUGGCUUAUGGAUUGCACUCUUCCUUUCAACCCUGGAAACUACAAUCGUCAGCACAUCAUUGGUGUCAAUUACCAACUUUUUGGAUGGCUUCAUGAUUAGGGAUUGGAUUGUGACCGCGUACCUCAUCACUUAUACAGGAUUCCUCACCAUCUACGCCAAAUUAAGCGAUAUACUCGGCAGAAAGACGAUGUUGAUUACGGGAAUUAUAUUGUUCACUGUAUUCUCCGCAGUAUGCGGAGCUUCAAACAACAUUCAUUCACUCAUAAUUUCCCGGGCGUUCCAGGGUAUGGGGGCUUCAGGCAUUUACGCCAUGAUAAUGGUCAUUGCGCCAGGUUUAGUCCCCCCAGAGAAGUUUGGCAAAUUAAUGAGCCUGGUUUCGACAGUCUUCAUCUUAGCCAGCCUACUUGGACCAAUAUUAGGUGGUGUCAUCAAUGAUAAGAAGGACCAAAGCUGGCGAUGGGUCUUUCUGCUAAAUAUUCCUGGUGGAGUGUUAUCCUUGAUCGCUGUCAUAAUUUGUCUACCCUCUACCACACAUCUAUCAACGUCACAUCAUCUGAUGGCCACUCACCUGCGGUCGAAGUUCUCGAGAAAAUCUCUUAUGCGUAUCGACUACGUUGGGAUGGCCCUGCUCCUCACUUUCUCGGUACUCCUUGUCUUCUCGCUUGAAGAAGGAGGGACCCGCUACUCUUGGAAUAGCGGGAUUGUUAUUGGAACACUUGUCAUUGCUGUCAUUACUGGCAUAGGGUUCGCCAGCUGGGAAGUCUUCAUAGACAAGAAGAAACAUGUCUGUGAACCAGUGUUUCCACCAGGACUUGUCAAAGAAAGACUCACCGCCGCCAUUCUAUUGACAGCAUUCUUUACCGGGUUUCCAUUUACUGCCAUCGUGGUAAACAUUCCCCAACGUGCGCAGGCGGUCAGUGGCUUGUCACCACUUGGUGCUGGUAUAACCCUGCUUCCACUACUACUAGCGUCUCCCGUUGCCACUGCUUUCUCAGGUUUUCUCACUGGGAGUAUGAAAAUACCGCCAUUCUAUUUGAUCAUUACCGGCACUCUUAUCCAACUGGUUGGUAUCGGGCUUACAUGUUCUCUGCCUACCAACAGCACGGAUAUAUCUAGGUCACAAUAUGGAUUUCAGGUUCUAAUAGGUGCUGGCUUUGGUCUCGGACUGACAUCGCUGUUGAUAUUUGCCCGUGCAGUUGUCUCCGAGGACCAUAUUGGUGUAAUGAUGGGAGGUAUGACGCAGAUCCGCACACUCGGCGGCACCAUAUCUCUGGCCAUCUGGUAG